AUGACCUCCCCCGAAACCCUCCGCUCCAUCCUCUGCGCAGAGACAUGGGAUUGGAAUGACGGCACAAGUUCAAUCACCUUUCACGAGAAUGGCACAGGCAAACUAUUUUGUACUACCGAAGUCAAUCUCUGGAUAGAAGCAGAGAUUGACUGGAAACCGCAUAAUCCCGACUGUCUCGACCAGGUGGUAACUCUAGACAACAAAAGCUGGAAAUCCAAGCUAGUCAGCGAAUUCAGCAUCGAAAUCACGCUGACAACGCGCCUCCCACACGAGAUCACAAAUAGAAAAAUAUUCAAUGAGGGGUGGCUCAACGACGAGGCAUUCAGGCCAAAGACGUACAAUAUUAGACUCGAGCAAGGCAGAUUCAGGAAUCAAUUCGACAUCAUGCAUAACGUACGCGAUGGUUCACAAUAUGCCCUGCGACUGGUCUUUGAUCCGUCGCCGUUUCCACUGGACGAGGAAUGGAAUGACAGGAGUAAUGGCCCUCAUGUGAUGAAGUUUUGGGAGUGGACGGAGUUCAAUGCUAGGAGGUAUGAAGAGAAAGAAUUGGGGUUGUGGGACAAACUAAUGGUUUGGUACGAGGGGUGA